AUGCGCUUCUCACACCUCGGCGUCUUCGCCCUCGCCACCGGCCUCUCCCUCAGCACACCCGUUUCCGUAUCCCACUCGCCGCGCGCAGCAGACUCGACCGUAGAAAGCCUUUUGACGCAACUAUUUGCCACGGUUCAAGUCUACACGGGCGCAAUAAACGCCACACUCGCGCCCCUCUCCCCCACCUCACCGGCAUCGCAAAAAGCCCUCGCCGUCCCCAGGAUCGGCGCCGAAAUCUCAAAAAUCACAGCGGCUGUACUCGGAACCGCGCACGAGAUACAGA